UUUCGUCCAGAUUGUAAGGAUGGCGUAUGGCUGUCAUGUCGCCAUGUCAGCAUUCAACCAUUUCAUGCCAAGAUUUCUUCCUCCUCAAAAUUUUCAGAUAUUCUAUUAUAACCCCUAUAAAAUCUAACUCUCUUGGACGUCAUUAUUUUCUUUUCUCUGAUUUGCAGUUGGUUUUGCUUUUGCAUGCAUGCUUCGGCUAUGGCUGCCCAGUUAAUGACUCCUGUCUGCACUGAUGCUCUCAAAUUUCACAACCCAUUAUUGCAUAGUUUUAGCUCAAGAGGGUCUUGGUCCUCCUCGGCGAAUGGUAGUACUAGUUGGAGCUUGAUCGUUCGUAGUGGUGGCAGAAAGAGAAGAGGCUGUGGCAGAAUUAAAGUUGCCAUAGACGGUUCAGCUUCCACGGAUGCCAUCGCUGAUGACUAUUACGCUGUUCUGGGUCUGCUGCCAGAUGCCACACCAGAGCAGAUUAAGAAAGCUUAUUAUAAUUGCAUGAAAGCUUGCCAUCCAGACUUGAGUGGCAACGAUCCAGAGACAACAAAUUUUUGCAUGUUCAUUAAUGAGGUCUACGCGGUUCUCAGCGACCCUGUACAGCGCAUGGUUUAUGAUGAAAUUCAUGGGUAUGCAUUGAGUGCAAUCAACCCUUUCUUGGAUGAUUCUAGCCCGAAGGAUCUUGCAUUCGUUGACGAGUUUAGCUGCAUAGGCUGCAAAAAUUGUGCCAAUGUGGCCCCAGAUGUGUUUGGAAUUGAGGAAGACUUUGGAAGGGCCAGAGUUUAUAGCCAGUGUGGGAACCCUGAAUUAGUUCAACAAGCAAUUGAGAGUUGCCCAGUGGAUUGCAUUCACUGGACUUCAGCUGCUCAACUAUCUUUGCUCGAAGAUGAAAUGCGCAGGGUAGAAAGAGUAAAUGUGGCCCUGAUGCUUUCAGGAAUGGGAUCUGGAUCAAUGGAUGUUUUUAGGAUGGCAAGUUCUCGAUGGGAGAAGAGGCAAGCAAAAGUGUUGGAGCAAGCUAAAAUAAGGAUGAUGAAGGAGAAAGGUUCUGCGAAAACUGAAGCAUACUGGAGCAAUCUAUGGGGCAACCCAAAAGAGUAUCAAAAUUCAGAAGAGGAAGUCAAAGAGAGAGCAAGGAGGGCAGCGGAGGCCGCAAGGAGAUGGAGGGAGUACUCAAGGAGAGGUGUUGACAAACCUCCCACCUUUAAACUUCCAAAGGCAACCUCCGGCAAGGAGAACUGA